AUGGCCAUCGUCGAGACCUCCAGCUCUGAAGAGCUCGUUGUCGAGAAGAGCAAGCUUGCCGUCCGGGAAACCGACGAAUCCGCCAUUUUAGCACACUACGGUGUCGAGAGACAAACCGAUGGGCUCAUCAAUUGGAAACGAGACUGCAAGACGCAUCCCCGGAAUUGGAAUCUCUCCAGAAAGGCGUUCGACACCGUAAUCAUUAUCUUCUUUGAAUUCUACACGUAUCAGCUUGGCCAAGCCGUCGCAGGCUUCUUGAUACCUCCAUUCUCGGAGCUCUACGGCCGCCGGAUCCCCUACCUCGUAUCCUGCGCCGUAUUCUGCUUUUCCUGCCUCCUCACGGGCGUAUCGCGUUCAUCCUCGGCGGUCUACAUCGGCCGCUUCGUCGCAGGUCUCGCAUCCGCUGUCCCAUCCGUGGUCAUCGCCGGCAGCGUGGAAGACAUGUUCAACACCAAGCGCCGGGUCUGGAUCAUCGUCCUGUGGAACGCCGGGGCCGUGAUCGGGUUGUGCAUGGGGCCCGUCUACGCCGCUUACAUCUCAGACGCCCUCGGCUGGCGGUGGAUCUUCAACAGCGCGGCCAUCGUCACCGGAGCUCUGUCCCUUGCUCUCUUCGGGAUCAGGGAGUGCAGGCCCAGCCUGUUGCUAGGCCGCAUCAUCCGGGAUAUUGGAAGAGAGACGGAGGUCCAGGAAUUGAGCUGGCACAACCCGGACGAGGCGCCCGACUGGAGAGCUCUGGUGCAGAUCAGCGUCGUCAGGCCGGGGAGGAUAUUGCUCACUGAGCCCCUGGUCAUCAUGGUCGCCCUCAUCUCGGCGUCGUCCUGGAGCAUGAUCUAUCUGUUCACGGAGGCGCUCACAAUAGUCUACGUUUCACUCGGCUUCACCAAGACGCAAGCCUCGCUGCCAUUCCUGGCCAUCGCCGUGGGGGUUCUCUUCACCUUCCUGCCUCGCCUUUGGGAUAUGAAGGUCGUUCGGGACUGUCAGCGCAAGCAAGUCCCCGUCCAACCGGAAGACAAGAUCAUGGGCUUCGCCUUCGCAGCACCCGCCCAGGCCAUCGGACUGGCAUGGUUCGCGUGGACCAUCCCGCCUCUCGUCGGAGGCGUCCACUGGAUCGUGCCCACGAUGUCACUUGUUCUCGUCGGAUUCGCCGCCAACGAGACGAGCCACACGCUGAGCGGGUACCUCGCGGAUUCCUACCUGCUGUACUCGGCGUCGGCUUUCUCGGGGCUGGCUCUGGUGAGGGCGGUCGCCUCGGGUCUGAUGCCGCUCGUGGCCCACGAGAUGUACGGCGCAUUGAAUGCCAACUAUGCCGGGACGGUUCUUGCGGGACUGGCGGCUGUGUUCUGCAUAACGCCGUGGAUCUUCUUCCGGUUCAGCAAGCGGUUGAGACAGAGGAGCCCCUUUGCGAGGUUCAGUCUCGAGACGCAUUACAGAACGAACGUCGAGGCGAACUGA